AUGGGGAGGAUCAAGCCUCAAGCUUUGUUGCAACAAAGCAAAAGAAAGAAGGGACCUUAUCACAUGAGUCCAAUGCUUAUCAUGUUUUACUCUUUGAUUCUUUUCAUAUUUGUGCUUUUCCUCUUUGCUACAUUCAGAUACUGGUCCAUUCGACUCGGGAACCACUCAUCAGUAUUUAAGGAUGCAAAUUCUUAUGUGGAAUCCAAGAAAUCUGAUCUACCUGAAUAUGCUGUUUUUAGAACCUCUAAAGGUUCUAUUAUAAUAGAACUUUACAAGGAAAGUGCUCCUGAAGUUGUUGAUGAAUUCAUUGAUUUAUGUCAAAAGGGACACUUCAAGGGGAUGCUUUUUCACCAAGUAAUUAAGCACUAUGUUAUUCAAGCAAGUCAUAACAAAGGGACAGGGUCUAUCGAAGAUUGGAACCUCAGAGGGAAGAAAUAUACAAGUAUAAAAUACGAAGCAUUCAUGCUUGGAACUUCCAAGGACAAAUACAUCAACAAAGGAUUUGAUCUUUUCAUCACGACCGCGCCAAUACCUGAUCUAAACGAGAAACUUAUUAUUUUCGGUCGGGUUGUAAAGGGAGAGGACGUAGUUCAGGAAAUUGAAGAAGUGGACACUGAUGAACAUUAUCAACCAAAACUUUCUACUGGAAUAAUUGAUGUAGAUCUUAGACAAAUGAUGUGA